AUGCACAAAGAAAAAGACGACAUCCAUGGUCACAGAAGAGAACAUUCACCCUAUGACCACGUCAUGCCAGAUGGAGAGAUGUUUCUACAGAUCGGCAAAACGACAGAUUACUUGAUGGCACUCAACGGUUUCCUGAUGAUUUUAACAUGUGAAGGCGAGGUGUUCUUCGCGACACACAGCAUCGAGAGUUACUUAGGCUUCCAUCAGGUUUUUAAGUACUUUUUGGGAACGGCAAACGAGCAGACGGAUUACCUGAUGCCACUGAACAUUAAAGUUCAAAUGCAUCUGGGUUCGAGGGGUGCCCUGAAUGGCAACAUUAUCUUCAAUCCGCGCCAGUCGGACAUAGUCCACCAGUCAGUUUACGAGCUCGUCCACUCUGAAGACCGGGAGGAGUUGCAGCGGCAGAUCUUGUGGAACUCUUUCCUCCCUCCGGAGGUCAGCAACCUCACGCUACAGGAUGUUUUGAGGCCGGACAGGGCGCAUCUAUUAGAAAGGAGCUUCACCGUCAGAUUUAGAUGUUUACUUGACAAUACUUCUGGGUUCUUGAGGCUUGACAUCCGAGGCCGGAUCAAAGUGCUUCACGGGCAGAAUAAGAAAACAGAAGAACCUCCUUUAGCUUUGUUCGCAAUAUGUGCGCCCUUCGGUCCUCCGUCACUCCUAGAGAUCCCUCAGAAGGAAGUCAUGUUCAAGAGCAAACACAAGCUGGACCUGUCUCUAGUCUCUAUGGAUCAACGGGGUAAAAUGCUGCUAGGUUAUACAGAUGCUGAGCUGGCCAACAUGGGAGGCUACGAUCUAGUACACUACGACGAUCUAGCUUAUGUCGCCAGCGCUCAUCAAGAAUUAUUAAAAACAGGUGCUUCCGGAAUGAUCGCUUACCGCUUCCAAACAAAGGAUGGUCAGUGGCAAUGGCUGCAGACCUCUUCCAGACUAGUCUACAAGAAUUCUAAACCAGAUUUCGUUAUUAGUACGCAUCGACCGUUAAUGGAGGAAGAAGGCAGAGAUCUAUUAGGUAAACGAACUAUGGAUUUCAAAGUCAGCUACCUCGACACCGGUCUCACUAGCCUCUACUUCUCGGAGACCGAACAGUUGUCUGGCUGCGAAACCAACGUUACAACUCCUCCAAGAACUGCAAGGAGAUACAAAACACAGCUUCGAGAUUUUCUAUCAACUUGUAGGAACAAGAGAAGAGUUCCAACAACUCCUGCACCGCCUCCUGUCGACUAUUUAGCGGCGGACGCAGUAGCAGCAGCAUACACUAAUUUAAAUGGCGCUUACACAGCUCCUUACGGAGAAUAUCCUCCAGCGCCGACAUUACAUUACGCUCCGCCACCUUUAGACGACAGAUUCUUAACAGCAGAUAACCUCUUCCAUCAAUAUAAACCUUUAUCUUAUCAUUAUACUCCCUAUGCGCCGAAUGGCUUCCUUGAACCUGCGCCUCCACCUGGUUACGAAGUGGCACCUGCGUAUCAUCGACCACCUUCGAGAGAAUACACGUAUGUGGACAGCAGUGGAAGAUAUAUGAGUCCUGUAACUGGACAGGAGAGAAGGUCGCCUUCUGUUGUGCCCGGACCAAGUCCUGCAGGGUCGAGUAACUCGGAGCAGGAGAGGAUGCAGCAGCCACAGGCCUCGGAGAUGCCACGGCAAACAGUACUCAUGUGGGGCGCUGGAGGAGCAGCUCAAGAAGUUCCAGUCGAGUACUCGCCUCCACAGGUUUGGCGCUACCAUCCAUCACAUUAUCAUACUGCUGAAGCCACUCAAUGA